CUGAGGUGUCUACCGCGGUGUACUAGUCCUAUUGUUCGAUCCUAAUUGUCAUCAUCAUCAAAGCGACGGGGAAAUUCCACGUAGCGGGAGACCCAUUAUUUAUUCAAAAACACUUCGUCAUGUCGUCAUCCGAAAUACUUGCUAUUGGGUCCACUUCUGCUAGUCAAACGGAUUCACAUACAGCUUUCAAAGACCCUGGGUCCGGCGUGUCUUCAGCCGAUGAUAACCGCAAAGCAGAAGUAGUAGCUAAUGAAGCAAGAAGACAUUCUAAAGUCGAUCAUUUGUCACAGGCCCGCGAGCUACUAGAGAAUCUUUGCAAAAAACACGUCGACCUAACAGACUACAGCAAUUCUGCCGGACCGUCAAGCGGUGGCCUGAAAAGUAGUACCGAUCUGACCAAGCUGCGAGAUCAAAUCUGGGAGCUGUUCUCCGCAGAAAAAACAGAUAUCGAUUAUCUUGAAUCCGCCGCGUUUCGCAACAAGAUCCGUCUCGUAGAGCAAGGCUGUGUGAAGCAUCCAAAAAAGAAAAAAUUCCAUUUUAAGGAAUUGGUUGACAGUAUGGUCGUUAACCCGCCAAAGAGCGAGGAACAACGUAAACUGAUUCAGAUCAACCGAAACCGCAAGGUAGCCAAGUCAUCUGAAAAGCUAGUUGAGAAGCUGAGCGAGAAACUGACUGAAAUCAUAGCAAAGAUCAACAACGUCGAGCAAGAAAACGGAUUCGAAGAGGACGAGGAAGAUGCGGACGUUGAAAUGGAAUGUAAUUAUGUCUAUCUCGAUAGACUGAAACGGCGUGCUAUAAUUCUGUACAACAAAAUCCAAGAGCUUGAAUGUAACCCAACGACAACAAUGCGAGAAAGCCAACGACCAAUCACCGUUCGUUGUAGCACCUGUCCUGAGGUGAAUCGAGCCGCCGGAAAGAUGGCAACUCGGUGCAUCCGCAGGGAACUCACGCCGGAUUUUACUGAUGUUCUUGCUAUCGUUCGCCGUGUCAACGAAAAAGCGAAUCUUGGUAUGAGUGACGAUCGUCAAAGGUCAGUUGCUCAGGAGGUGUUCAAGGAGAUUGUCGAAGAGAUAAAGAGACGCCGAAUCAUAGAAACACGCUUGAAUAUGGAAUCGCUAGAAAUAGAGUUCGGACAACAGGAUGAAAGCGAUCCGGCUGAAAAUGAUCCUGAACUUAAUGCGCGCCUAAGGGCAAGUGAAGUUGAAGGUCGCGAGCGAAUAGCGGCUGUUAUUAAUGAGUUCGCGGACAGGCAGGCCAGUGGCGCUGACGGCAGGAACGACCUACCACCAUCAUCUGACAGUGUCACUGCAAGGUCGAAAACACCAAAAGUUGCAGGCUCAGACUCACCAAAAUGGUAUUAUGGUAGCGGAGAGCCCAAUGCGGGUAGGAAAUCGCUUUCAAAGGGCGCUGCAAAACCAUCUUCUAGCCUCCAGUCAUUCGAUAGAGCUAGACAAGAUGAGUCUGAGCAUGAUGAAGCUGAGGAGAAUGACGACCUUUCGUCCGAAGUCGACGAGUCCUAUCUUAACUCCGAUGAAGAGUCUGAGGACGACAGAGACAGGACUGGUAUCGAAAACUUCGGAGGAGCUAAAAUAGCUCAGGACGAGAUUAUAGUAGAUAGUGAUCAUGAUAAAGGCAAAGAAGAUGAGCGUGAACUGGGUCAAAUGGCGUUAGAAGAUGUCGGUCACAAAGAUGACUCCCCGACUACGAGUAAUAGAAGCGGUAUCUCGCCCGCGGCUACGGGUUGUCAGAAGGAAGAUAUCGAAGCACGCUCAGCAUCAAAGAGAAGCCAAUCGGGAGAAGAGAAGUAUUCAAAUGGCUCAGCUAGAACCGUCAGCGAAGCCAGCAAGGCGGAUAGUAAAACCGAUGAGCGUAAUAGCAGUACUAACAGCAGUGGUGCUAGCAGUCGAGCUGACGGCAACAGGAAACGAGAAAAAGACGUUAACUCUAUGAAAGAGAACGAUUCCAAUGAAGGACUACCACAGGUCCGUGAGUUGUCCGAGGUUGACCUUAAGACGGGAUCGGUGAUUGAAACAAAAGGUCCUAGUGCUGCUGGAAAUGAGGAUGACGUAUCUACGGGGAUCAUUUUCGUCGAAUCGGUCGACGAUGAUUCUAACCCGUGUCUCAAAUCGAACGGCCACCAUUCAUGUCGAAUCAAAAACGAUCGGGCGGCCCCGAAGUCUAAGAAACGUUCAUCGCAGAACGUUUUCGAUGAUGAUAAACCACCUUCGAAGAAGACGGCCGUAAUUGAACUGAGUGAUGACUCGCAGGACGAAAUCAAAGGCGAUAAGCCAGAGACAGUUGUGUCCGGUAACAACGCCGCCUCCUAUAACAUUAGCAUUGGAAGAUUGCGCGCCCUGGGUACGAAUGUUAUGCCUGUUGGAGAGCUUAUCUCACACAAUCCUCCGGAAGUCAUUGAAAUUGAUGAUUCUGAUUAGAAGUACUUAAACCCCAUUAUGAAUUAUUCGAACUUUUAAUAGUAUUCGUUAACAGGGUGAAUCAGAUAAACAGUAGGGUGUGCAUUAGACGAGUAAGCAACUCAAGGUAUUAUGUAGCUGAGAUGUUCAUUGACAAGAAAUACAUGGAUGUGGAAAUCAUAGAAGAUUAUACACCGAUAAGACUUGCUAUGUCCUGGAUGUUAGCUUUGAAAACAGAAAAUAAGCAAAUAUUUAGCGGUCGCAGAUGUUCUUCUUCUUCAUAAUAAUAACUACAAAAAUAUAUGAUGACAUUUGAUCAUAAGUAGUGGAACAGGUAGAAUAUCAUUAAAGCCAAUAGCGGAUUCAAAAAACAUCCUAGAGAUUGCUAUGAAGGUCAGUUUCUACGGCACAGAGUGCACUUAUCCACACAGAGUCACUUUUCUUGCUGUAUAAUGGGGCCACCAGUGGAAAGUCAAUUUCACAAAUUUAGCAUUAUAUAGAAAACCUUUCCAAAUAUAUAUAUAUAUAUAUAUAUUAAUUCACAUUUAUUUAUAAGGAAAUAUCGAAAUAUACAAAUAUGUCGUACUUGUAUAUAUGCAGCAACUAAUGUAAACAUGUUUGGCGAGAGACA